GAUAUCCAAAAACCCUACACAACGAGAAUCUCUCUCUCUCUCUCUCUCUCUCUCUCUCUCUCAGUCCUCUCGUCUUCUCCCUCCUCCUACCUUUUCCAAUCGCGCCCGCUCCCUUAUAUCAUCACCUUCAUCGCCAAACCCUAGACCUCUCCCACUCUUCCCAGUCCCGAGGAAUCCUUUGUCCAUGGCGAGCAGGACGAGAGGUGCACCCAGGCAAUCCACCUACGCCCCGAAGCCCGCCCCCGCCACCGCCGCCGCCGCCGCCACCGGGCCCGGCGUGCCGGAGAAGAGGAAGCCCGUGUUCACCAAAGUCGAUCGCCUCCAGCCCGGGACCAGCGGCCACAACCUGACUGUCAAGGUCGUGAACUCCAAGGAUGUCCCGAUGAACGCCCGGGCCAAUCGGUCGUCUUCGUCGUCUUCCAAGGCCAUGCUGUCCCGCCCUCCUCCCCGCGUCGCCCGCAUCGCCGAGUGCCUCAUCGGCGACGAGACUGGGUCGAUUAUAUUCACUGCCCGUAACGAGCAAGUUGAUAUCAUGCAGCCAGGAGCCACGGUUAUACUCCGUAAUGCAAAGAUUGACAUGUUCAAGGGCACCAUGAGGCUGGCAGUUGACAAGUGGGGACUCGUUGAGGUGGCUGAACCUGCAGAUUUCGAAGUCAAGGAAGAUAACAAUCUCUCUCUGGUCGAGUACGAACUCGUGAACGUCACUGAAGAGUGAUUCGCCAUCACUUGGUAGUGAAUAUCUUUGAAACGAUCAUAGAUUUGAUUGUUUCAUGGGAAUGAACUGUUAAGUUAGAUGCAUUAUCGGUGAAAUGACAUGUCCGUGUCUAGAAAGAAAGAGCUUUCACGGGGAUCGUGCUAUGUUAGGUCCAUGAAUCUUAGAUUGAUGUUCAGUUGGUGAGCUAUGAUAUGAGAGGAUGAUGAUAAAUACAUUGGAAGGGUUUGCUAUGCUCUGCUUAGGUGCAUCCGAUGUUUCUGGCUGGCUUUUGUUUAACGGAUUUGCAAAGAAACUUCUACAUGUUUAUUUCGUGCUGUGAAUCGGCCCAAGAAGUAAAUGCCCAGUGUUUUUAUCUACUAAAA